AUGCCCCGCCUCUCGGCGCCUUUGGUGCUGCUUCCCGCGUGGCUAGUGAUGGUCGCCUGCAGCCCGCACUCCUUGAGAAUUGCUGCUAUCUUGGAUGACCCCAUGGAGUGCAGCAGAGGGGAGCGGCUCUCCAUCACCCUGGCCAAGAACCGCAUCAACCGCGCUCCUGAGAGGCUGGGCAAGGCCAAGGUCGAAGUGGACAUCUUUGAGCUUCUCAGAGACAGCGAGUACGAGACUGCAGAAACCAUGUGUCAGAUCCUCCCCAAGGGGGUGGUCGCUGUCCUGGGACCCUCGUCCAGCCCAGCUUCCAGCUCCAUCAUCAGCAACAUCUGCGGGGAGAAGGAGGUCCCUCAUUUCAAAGUGGCCCCGGAGGAAUUUAUCAAGUUCCAGUUCCAGCGAUUCACAACCCUGAACCUCCACCCCAGCAACACGGACAUCAGCGUGGCUGUCGCUGGGAUCCUGAACUUCUUCAACUGUACCACCGCUUGCCUCAUCUGUGCCAAAGCAGAAUGCCUUUUAAACCUGGAGAAGCUGCUCCGGCAAUUCCUUAUCUCCAAGGACACCCUUUCAGUCCGGAUGCUGGAUGACACCCGGGACCCCACCCCGCUCCUCAAGGAGAUCCGGGACGACAAGACCGCCACCAUCAUCAUCCACGCCAACGCCUCCAUGUCCCACACCAUCCUCCUGAAGGCAGCUGAACUAGGGAUGGUGUCGGCCUAUUACACAUACAUCUUCACUAAUCUGGAGUUCUCACUGCAGAGAAUGGACAGCCUUGUGGAUGACCGGGUCAACAUUCUGGGAUUUUCCAUCUUCAACCAGUCUCAUGCUUUCUUCCAAGAGUUUGCCCAGAGCCUCAACCAGUCAUGGCAGGAGAACUGUGACCACGUGCCCUUCACGGGGCCUGCGCUGUCCUCGGCCCUGCUGUUUGACGCUGUCUACGCCGUGGUCACCGCCGUGCAGGAGCUCAACCGCAGCCAGGAGAUUGGCGUGAAGCCUCUGUCCUGCGGCUCGGCCCAGAUCUGGCAGCACGGCACCAGCCUCAUGAACUACCUGCGUAUGGUAGAAUUGGAAGGUCUCACCGGCCACAUUGAAUUCAACAGCAAAGGCCAGAGGUCCAACUAUGCCUUGAAAAUCUUACAGUUCACCAGGAACGGUUUUCGGCAGAUUGGCCAGUGGCAUGUGGCGGACGGGCUCAGCAUGGACAGCCGCCUCUACGCUUCCAACAUCUCCGACAGCCUCUUCAACACCACCCUGGUUGUCACCACCAUCCUGGAAAACCCGUAUUUAAUGCUGAAGGGGAACCACCAGGAGAUGGAAGGCAAUGACCGCUACGAGGGCUUCUGUGUGGACAUGCUCAAGGAGCUGGCAGAGAUCCUCCGGUUCAACUACAAGAUCCGCCUGGUCGGGGACGGCGUGUACGGUGUUCCUGAGGCCAACGGCACCUGGACGGGAAUGGUCGGGGAGCUGAUCGCAAGGAAAGCGGACCUGGCCGUGGCGGGCCUCACCAUUACUGCGGAGCGGGAGAAGGUGAUUGAUUUCUCCAAGCCAUUCAUGACUCUGGGAAUUAGCAUUCUUUACCGAGUUCAUAUGGGACGCAAACCUGGCUAUUUCUCCUUUCUGGACCCAUUUUCUCCUGGCGUCUGGCUCUUCAUGCUUCUAGCCUAUCUGGCCGUCAGCUGUGUCCUCUUCCUAGUGGCUCGGUUGACCCCCUAUGAGUGGUACAGCCCCCACCCGUGUGCCCAGGGCCGGUGCAACCUCCUGGUGAACCAGUACUCCCUUGGCAACAGCCUCUGGUUUCCCGUUGGGGGCUUCAUGCAGCAGGGCUCCACCAUCGCCCCUCGAGCCUUAUCCACCCGCUGUGUCAGUGGCGUCUGGUGGGCAUUCACGCUGAUCAUCAUCUCAUCCUACACGGCUAACCUAGCGGCCUUCCUGACGGUGCAGCGCAUGGAUGUGCCCAUUGAGUCAGUGGAUGACCUGGCUGACCAGACCGCCAUUGAGUAUGGCACAAUUCACGGAGGCUCCAGCAUGACCUUCUUCCAAAAUUCCCGCUAUCAGACCUACCAACGCAUGUGGAAUUACAUGUAUUCUAAGCAGCCAAGUGUGUUUGUGAAGAGCACCGAGGAGGGAAUCGCCAGGGUGUUGAAUUCCAACUACGCCUUCCUUCUGGAAUCCACCAUGAAUGAGUACUACCGGCAGCGAAACUGCAACCUCACUCAGAUUGGGGGCCUGCUGGACACCAAGGGCUAUGGGAUUGGCAUGCCAGUCGGUUCGGUUUUCCGGGAUGAGUUUGACCUGGCCAUUCUCCAGCUGCAGGAGAACAACCGCCUAGAAAUUCUGAAGCGCAAAUGGUGGGAAGGCGGCAAGUGCCCCAAGGAGGAAGAUCACAGAGCCAAAGGACUGGGGAUGGAGAAUAUUGGUGGAAUCUUUGUGGUUCUUAUCUGUGGCUUAAUCGUGGCCAUUUUUAUGGCUAUGUUGGAGUUUUUAUGGACUCUCCGACACUCGGAAGCUACUGAGGUGUCCGUCUGCCAGGAGAUGGUGACCGAGUUGCGCAGCAUCAUCUUGUGUCAGGACAGUGUCCACCCCCGCAGGCGGCGAGCUGGGGUGCCUCCGCCUCGGCCCCCCAUUCCCGAGGAGCGCCGGCCGCGCGGCACUGCGACGCUCAGCAACGGCAAGCUUUGCGGGGCCGGGGAGCCCGACCAGCUGGCGCAGAGACUGGCCCAGGAGGCCGCCCUGGUGGCCCGGGGCUGCACACACAUCCGCGUCUGCCCCGAGUGCCGCAGGUUCCAGGGCCUGCGGGCGCGGCCGUCUCCCGCCCGCAGCGAGGAGAGCCUGGAGUGGGAGAAGACCACCAACAGCAGCGAGCCCGAGUAG